CGCCCGCGCCGUUUUGCUUCAUUCCAUUCCACUCGGUGCUUUGCGAUUAGUUCGUCCGGCUCGCUCGCAAGCCGCUCCGCUCCGACUCGUUUCGUUCAGUUACUCACUCGUCGCCGUCGCGCCGUCACGAAACGCACGCGUUUUUCUCGCAUCAUGAACCAGCAAGCCAACAACACAUAAACCUUCCAAAAUGAAGCCCAAUCGGUUAUAACGUUUCGUUAUUAAAUCCCCAAUUAUUAUUAGUUCGAAUAUAUUAUAUUGUGAUAUUUAGUUAGUUCUCCAAUAUUGUUAUUAUUUAUAACCAUUACGAUGGAUUCGAAUUAUUUUGUUUAGUAUAUUUCUCUUUAAUAUUAAAUUCAGUGCUCAAGUCAAUCUCAUUCCAAAACGCGCAGUAAUUAAAAGUAAACAGUAAUAUUACAAGAAUUGCAAUGACAGCCAAAACUCGUUCACAUUGGAAGGAAUAUGGAACAGCACUAUGUGCUACACUUAUCACCGCGACAGCGGGAACCUGCUACGGUUGGCCAUCACCAACACUCUCGUACCUACAAUCACCAGACAGCAAAAUACCUACUACGAACGACCAAGGAUCAUGGAUAACCUCGAUUAUGAUCCUAUGUUCCGCCCUUACGCCCAUACCUUCAGCAUACUUUGCUGACCGUUUCGGGAGGAAGACGACCCUCCUCCUGGGCGCGAUACCCUUCAUCCUUGGCUGGGUAUUGGUCAUCGUAGCCAAUUCGGUGCCGGUGCUGUAUGUCGCUCGGAUGUUCUCCGGCCUCGGAUACGGCAUCGUGUAUACAGUCGCUCCUAUGUAUACAGGAGAGAUUGCCACGAAUGAAGUCAGAGGUGCUCUCUCUACACUCAUCACAUUGAUGAAUAAAGUCGGUAUUCUUGCCCAGUACUGCAUCGGACCAUUCGUGUCGAUGCGAACAUUAGCUGCAAUCAACUUGACCCUACCAAUUACAUUCAUAUUAACUUUCAUCUUUCUACCGGAAUCUCCUUACUACUACUUAAAGUUUGAACGCAGUGAGAGGGCCGAACGAUCCCUCAGGAAUUUAAGGAGUGGUGAUAUAAGGACUGAACUUAAAAACAUAGAACUCAACGUCCAGGAAGAUAUGAAGAACCGAGGAACAUGGGGUGACUUACUAUCAGAAGCGACGAACAGGAAAGCUAUGUGGAUAACUCUCGGAGUGUUCACUGUACAGCAGCUGUGUGGUAGCGCUGCUGUCGUCGCAUAUGCUGAGACUAUUUUCAAAUGCGCAACUGGACAAAGUACUACAGUGAACGGCACAGAGGUCCCUUCUAAUUCCACAGGUUACAUACAGCCGUACCAAGAAUCUAUUAUACUAGGGUGCGUGCAAGUGGCUACUUGCGUUUUAUCAGUGAUCCUCGUGGACCGAGUCGGACGCAAGCCAUUACUACUGCUGUCUGCUCUCGGAGUGGGACUCAUGAAUUGUACUAUCGGAACGUAUUUCUACUUCGACGCGUUCAAUAAGUCAGCAGUGGCUUCACUUCACUGGCUGCCGUUGGCUGCUCUCCUUAUCUACAUCGUGUGCUAUGCCAUCGGGUUGUCAACUGUGCCUUACGUCACGAUAGGAGAAAUGUUUCCGACCAACGUGAAACUGUACGCGUCCUGUGUCGCCCACAUCUAUACCGGUGUUGCUAUGUUCAGUGUUCAAAAACUCUUCCAGGUGGUGAAAGAUGCUUAUGGGAUCUACACAGUAUUCUGGGGCUUCGCCACCUUAUCGUUCCUUGGGCUGGUGUUUAUGCUGGCCGUGUUGCCGGAGACGAAGGGCAAGUCGUUCGCGAGCAUCCAGGCGCAGCUGCGCCGGGAAGUGGCCCGAGACAACGCCGAGAAACUCGCCACCGUCGAAUACUGAUAGGCGCCGGCACGCCACAGGCACGCCGGACUGCCCAACUUCUCACUACGUUUAGCGUUAAGCUUUACUUUAUUAGGGAUCAAAUUGACAUGAAACUUAACAUAUUGAAUACUUUAUAAUAUAGUUUAGAACUACAACGUACAGAUUUAUAUACACAAGUAUUUUAACAACGACGUUAAAGGAAUAGUCUGUGUAGCGAAAGUAGAGAAAGCAAGGUUGGGGCGAGGAGGCCGGCGCCUGCAUUCUUGAAAGCGGAAAAGUCGUAAGGGUCGUAGUCGUUGGGGAGGCGGCGAGUGGCGAUCACCUCCGAGUACAGCUUCGCGGAGCGCUUCGCCGUCCUCGUUUUGUUGGGGCUAUCAAAAUCUACCAGGUACAGACCGAAGCGGGACCUGCAAAAUGCAUUUACAAACAUAACGAGUGAAAAUAUAUGGAGAACGUUUGGACUGA